AUUGCAAGGGUUUUUCAUUCAUUUGUUGAUUUUCGAUUACUUGUUCUUUUAGAUUUGAUAUUUUUGGGGGUUUAUUUAUUUUGUGGCUUUUGUUUGCAGCUGAACAGGUUUCAGGGUUUGGCCAGUUUGGAUGAUAUAACUGCCAUUAUCAGCACUCCGCCUCUGGGAGGAUUCCAGGCUCAGAGAACAGAGUCUGCGCCGGAGGAAGAGGAGGAGGCCGAGGAAGAGGAGGCCGAGGAGCUUGGGCAUGUCGACACCUACGCCGACUACAAGCCUUCGAAAUCCACGAUAGGGAUCUCUCAUCCAGACAUCGUGGUGGAGACAAACACGCUGUCCAGCGUCCCCCCGCCCGAUAUCACCUACACCCUGGCCAUCCACCAGUCCACCAUCAACAGUGGCAUGCUGUCCGCCCUGCAGCUGGAGGCCAUCAUCUACGCCUGCCAGCAACACGAGGUGAUCCUGCAGAACAACCAGCGCGCUGGCUUCCUGAUCGGGGACGGGGCCGGCGUGGGGAAGGGGCGCACGGUGGCCGGCAUCAUCCUGGAGAACUUCCUGAAGGGACGCAAGAAGUCCCUAUGGUUCAGCAUAUCCAACGACCUGCGAUUCGACGCAGAGAGAGAUCUCAAAGACAUAGAUUCUGCCCAUAUUCCUGUGCACGCCUUAAACAAGAUAAAGUAUGGAGACACAGCUACCUCAGAGGGAGUCUUGUUUGCGACCUACUCGGCGCUGAUUGGAGAGAGCCAGGCUGGGGGACAGCACCGGACCAGAAUCAAACAGAUCCUGGACUGGUGCAAGGCGGACUUUGAUGGCGUCAUUAUUUUCGACGAGUGCCACAAAGCCAAGAACGCCACGUCCACCAAGAUGGGCAAGGCCGUGCUGGACCUGCAGAACAAGCUGCCCCGCGCCCGCGUGGUCUACGCCAGCGCCACCGGCGCCUCAGAGCCAAAGAACAUGAUCUACAUGAGCCGCCUGGGCAUCUGGGGCGAGGGCACGCCCUUCAAGACCUUCGAUGACUUCCUGCACGCCAUCGAGAAGAGGGGUGUGGGGGCCAUGGAGAUCGUUGCCAUGGAUAUGAAAGUGAGUGGCAUGUACAUCGCCAGGCAGCUGAGUUUCUCAGGUGUGUCGUUCCGCAUCGAGGAGAUUGGGCUGGACAACGACUUCAAACAGGUCUACAACAAGGCCGCCAGACUGUGGGCCGAGGCGCUGCAGAUCUUCAUGCGGGCGGCGGACGAGCUGGGGCUGGUGAGCAGGAAGUCUCUGUGGGGCCAGUUCUGGUCGUCUCACCAGCGCUUCUUCAAGUACCUCUGCAUCGCGGCCAAGGUGCGCUGCCUGGUGGAGCUGGCCAAGAGGGAGCUGGAGGCUGGGAAGUGCAUCGUCAUCGGCCUGCAGUCCACCGGGGAGGCCCGCACCAGAGAGGUGCUGGACGAGAACGACGGCCAGCUCGACCGAUUCGUCUCUGCUGCAGAGGGGGUGUUUUACUCGCUCGUCCUCAAACAUUUUCCGUCGGAGAAGCAGAGGAGGGAGAAGGCGCCCGGCACUAAAAGGAAACGCAAGCCUCGGGGCCGGCAGCCCAAGCAGUCGAAGCACACGGUGGACAGCGGCGGCGUGAUCAACAUCAGCGACGACAGCAGCAGUGACUCGGACGGCAUGGACACGGACUCCAACUCCUCGCCCGACUCCCUGCUGGACAACGACGACGUCAUCUUCGUCAACCACACGAGCUACACCGCAGCCAGGAUAGAAGACAUGAAGCAGGGCCUGCUCAACAAGAUCUCAGCGCUGGGGAAGGAACUACCUCUGAACACCCUGGACGAGCUCAUCGACAAGUUUGGCGGCCCGGAGAAAGUGUCUGAGAUGACGGGGCGCAAAGGGCGCGUGGUGCGGCGCGCCGACGGCUCGGUGCGCUACGAGUCGCGGGCGGAACAGGGCAACAGCAUCGACCACAUCAACGUCAAGGAGAAGGACCGCUUCAUGAACGCAGAGAAGCUGGUGGCCAUCAUCUCGGAGGCGGCCAGCUCGGGCAUCUCGCUGCAGGCCGACAAGCGCGUGAGGAACCAGCGCCGGAGAGUCCACAUGACACUGGAGCUGCCCUGGAGCGCCGACCGCGCCAUCCAGCAGUUCGGUCGCACUCACCGGUCCAAUCAGGUGACGGCGCCGGAGUACAUCUUCCUCAUCUCGGAGCUGGGGGGCGAGAGGCGGUUCGCCUCCAUCGUGGCCAAGCGAUUGGAGAGCCUGGGCGCUCUGACGCACGGAGACCGGAGAGCCACCGAGUCCAGGGACCUCAGCAAGUACAACUUUGAGAACAAGUAUGGUACCAAGGCUCUGGAUAAGAUCACCAAGGCUAUCCUGGGUCACAUCGAGAACAAGGUACCCCCUCCCAAGGGGUACCCUGGGGGCGAGGCCCAGUUCUUCAGAGACAUGAAAAUUGGGAUGAUAGACGUCGGCAUCUUCUGUCGGGAGCCCCGCAUCGGGCUCAACACAGAGAAAGACUGCAGCAUCACCAAGUUCCUGAAUCGCAUCCUGGGCCUGGAGGUCCACAAGCAGAACCAUCUCUUCCAGUACUUCAUGGACAACUUCGACUACCUAAUAGAGAAGGACAAGAAGGAGGGGAAAUACGACAUGGGGAUCCUAGAUCUGGCCCCGGGUAACGACGAGAUCUACGAGGAGAAACAGGAGAACUUCCUCACGGCAGGAAACCCCCAGGAUGGACAGGUCGUGCUCUACAAGAUCAGCGUGGACCGAGGCAUGCCCUGGUCAGAAGCCUGCGAGAAGGCCGAGAAGCUGAGCCGUCCCGAGGAGGGAUUCUACCUGUCCCACAAGCUGCGAGGAAACCAUCCAUGUGUGCUGCUGGCUGAGCAGGGCCGGGGCAAGAAUUUCAUCAUCUACAAGCCCAACAUCGGCAAGCAGAACCACCCAGAGAGUCUGGACAACCUGCAGUCCCGAUACCGCAAGGUGCCCCCAGAGGAGGCACAGGACUCCUGGGAGAACCAGUUCACCUUCUCCUUCAAGAAGUGCAGCCACGCCAACUGGAACGGCAAGUGCAAGAAGAUCGAGGAGGGCCAGGAGUGCCUGCAGGGCAUGCGUCUGCGGCAGUACCACAUGCUGUGCGGCGCGCUGCUGCGCGUGUGGAAGCGCGUGGCCGACACGGUCGCCGACGUCACCAGCACCAGCAUCCUGCAGAUCGUCCGACUCAAAACCAAACAGCACAACAAGCAAGUCGGCAUCAAGAUCCCGGAGAACUGCGUGGCGCGCGUGCGGGACGAGCUGAUCCAGAUGGACGAGGAGGUGAAGAAGCGGCGCAAGGAGAAGGAGCAGCUCCUGGAGCAGCAGCAGACGGACGACCGGCAGCGCAGGCUGGAGGCCGGCCGCCACCUGCUGGACGGCCUGAUCGCCCACAACCACGGCGGCCCCAACCACGGCCGGAACCACCAGCCCAUCGCCCCCAACCCGGGCCCCAAGCCCCAGGCUCUGAACCACAAGCUCCAGGCUCUGAACCACAAGCUCCAGGGCCUGAGCCCGCAGCAGCAGCAGCAGCAGCAGCAGCAGCACCGGGCCCAGCCACACGGCGUCUCCCAGCUGUCCCUCCAGAGGGCCAAGGCGGUCCAGGGCCAGGUCUCCUUACAGCGGGCGGCGUUGGCGGCCCAGAGCCAGGCCCGCCACUCGGCCCACAGGACCCCCAGUCACAUCGCGCCACGGACCCAGAACCACCGGCCCCACAACGGCAGCAGCAAGGGCCCGGGGGCGCUGCCCAGCAUGGCCACGCUCAGCUCCCACUUCCCCCAGUUCUCCCCGCGGCCCUUCAUGUCCUCCUUCCCCUCGCUGAAGAGCCACGCCCUGGCGUCCCAGGCCCUGCUGGCCAACCCUUCCUCCUCCUCCUCCGUCGGCGCUCCCUCCAAAAACCCCCUGGAGGACAUCUUGGACCUGACCAUGAGCUCGCCGUCCCACUCCCCCGACAGCACGGAGGGGGGGCUGGGCCUGGCCGGGCCCCCGGGGGCCUUCGGGGAGGACUUUGGCCUGGAGUCCCUGAUCUCGCCCCACGCGCUGGGCCUCCACCACCAGCUCUCCGCCCAGACGCAGCAGCAGCAGCAGCAGCAGCAGCAGCAUCAGAAGCAGCAGCAGCCGUCGCCCCUGCUGCAGCAGCUCCAGCAGCCGAGGCUCCAGCACCAGCUCCAGCACCAGCUCCAGCUCCAGCAGCAGCAGCAGCAGGAGGGCGGGGGGGGCCUGCUGGGGGACGGCGGCAGCAGCCAGCCCGACUUCCUGGACUUCUUGGACCCGCUGUCCUUCGGCAUGGCCCCCCACCCCUCCUCCUCCUCCUCCUCCUCCACUACCUCCGCGGCCCACCUGUCGCACGCGGCCCGGGGGCUGCACGCCGCCGCCACCGCCGCCGCGCUCGGCCCGUCCUCGCCCUCGCCCUCCCCGGCCUCCCUCUUCAGCUCGGCCCCCUCGCCCUCCUCCCUCUUCUCGUCCCCCGCCUGCCUGCACCCGCCCGCCGACCCGUCACACAACGGCCACUGCGGCAGCCCCGGCACCCUGGACGUGCGGGAGGUGCUCAACAGCAUGCUCCUCGACAGCAACGACCGCAAGUCCGUCAUCAAGUACCGCCCCCCCGAGUGA